CUGACCCUGAACACAACACGAGACCUGAUGUCCCACAGUCCGUGAAGGCGACAAACAAAGCGCGGGUAGUAGAGCCAACAUGGCGGAUCCGGUCUCUGACGGUGAAGUGCAGGCUGUGAAGCCGCCGCCCAAACGCAGACGCAUCCUCGACCCCUCAGCCAUCGUCCCGGUGCCAGUGUACUCCAACAAGGUGAGCAGCAGUCUGCGGCUGAAGCCAAUGGAUCAUGUGUUCACCAGAAAGGAAACCACAGAGGACGCUGCAGACGACAGUUUGUGGUCAUCUCGGGAAACGAAGGUAGCUGCCAUCGCCCUCAGUGACUCGGAGGAGGAAGCAGAACCUGUGGAGAACAAAGCAGAACAUGAACUAGAAACCUUCCGCUCUCCGUCUCCUCCGCCGCCCGAGAGUCCGGUCCAGAAACAGUCCAGUCAGGUGAAGAGGAAGAUUAGUGAGAUCGACCGGAGGCUCAGGGUGAUGAGCUCCCUCAUGUCUCCCGAGCCACAGAAGAGGCCCAGGCGCCGCCGAGGCUCCCGGACUCCGGUGUCAGAGGACGAGCAAGAUGACGUCAUCAUAACGAACCCUGACUCGGGCUCGUGGAGUUCAUCGUGCAGCUCCUCCCUCCACGAGAUCUCCCUGAAGAUCCGCUGCAGGACGGACAUCCACAAGAUCCCUGUGCUGUCGUCGACACCUUUAAGCAACGUGUUGGCCCAGCUGUCUGCCGUCCUUCACGUCCCGCCCCCCCGCCUCCUGCUGUUGCGGGAGGACAUCGAGCUGCCGCUGGAUUCCACAGUUGGUGAGAUCGGUCUCGGCAUCGCAGACAUUUUAGAGUGCGUGGUCAUGGCAGACGACGAGAGAAGCAAAGAAGCCGGCGGCGGCAGCGACGUCCUCACGGUUCGACUGCAGAGCAAAGACAGAGACGCUUCACAGGAGUUCUCUCUGCACAGGGACGCACCGCUGGGCCCCGUCUUCUCCCAGUAUCUGUCCAGGAUGUCCCUCAGCGCUCAGAGUGGAGUCCGCUUCCACUUCGACGGGUCCAAGGUGACGCCGGGCCAGACGCCGGCCCAGCUGGACAUGGAGGACGGAGACAUCAUUGAAGUUUGGAUCUAAGCCUGUAGAUUAAUGUUCCUUCUAUUAAACGUAAAACAAAUAUUAAACCUCUGAGGUUUUGCAGUAUUUCCUCUGGGAUUCUGGAGCCGCGCAAUGUUGAACAUUUCUUUCAUUUUUUUUAUAUGUGUACCUCAUAAAAACAGAACCGUCAGAACCGGGUCAGUCGCUGGUGCAGAAUGAUCGUAGUGGGAACGCUGGUUUUUGUGUCCAUUUUAUGUACGUUUUGUUUAGUUACUUUUUAAAAGUGACUGAAUUGUAAAUGAUGAAAAUACAUUUGUACAGGAAUUGAAAUCACUGUUCCUGAGACGGAUCAAGAUGAUGUGUCUUCACUCGUUCAGCACAUUUUCAAUAAAUGGAUGGGUUCUACAUUAAAGUGCCAAUUCCAUAAGUUUACACCAAUAAAGAAAAACUAAAGUUGCAUUUACAGCAACAAGAACAAGAAAAAAGUUUAUAUUCAUACCUUCUAACUUGCAUGUCAUCAUUGAUAACUGCUCUGAAGUCAGUUUCAUGUUGGAUAUUCAGAGCCAUUCUCCGGGGCUGACAAUAAAAAUAAAUAAAAUA